AUGGUUGCCAUGACAGAAGAUGAGAAAAAACGUUUGGAAGAAAUUUUGUCAGAUAUGGGAGAUCUUAUGGAAGAGGUACGAGACAAUUUGUCCAGAGUUCAGAUGGUUCAGUUUAAAAUGAAAACGUUUGCCUCGCUUUCUUUGUUCGUUUGCUGACUGAUGCAAUCUCUCUUUUUAGCCAGUUGACAAAGAUUCUUUGAUCUUAUAUGGAAAUGGUUUUGUACCGAGUCAAGAAGAAGCGAACCAGUUAGCUGAUAUUGACAUGUAAGUGAUCUUUAUUCUUUCAUCUGCUUUUUAACUUGCCGUUUUGACAUUUUGUUCUUAAGACAGAACUAAGUAUUGUUAACUGUAACUAUUUUUAUACAACCAGCCCCUGGUGAAAAAGCUCGUCCUGUCAUAUGGAUAUUCCCAAGAAAUUUGUGUUCUAUAAACUUGCUUGACAUUCUCCUUUGUAUUUCAGUCGCCUCCAGUCCCUGAUGCCAUCCGAGGAGUACGCAGCGUUAUGUGAACAAACUGAGCAAGAUACACAAUCUUUGCAGGUAGGGUUUGCCCCCUGUUUUACCUUGUUUUAUCUCACACCCACUUACCCAGUUCUGUUUGCUUUUCAGGGUGCGACACCCAGGAGUGAAAAUGGAAGUUUUCUUUCAGACGAAGAUAUUCCAAGUAAGAACAAGAAUGCAAUUUUUGAUCGUACUGAACUAGUAAAAUUUGCACACGGGGCUCGAAGUAGAUAAAAAAUAUGGCCUGCCAGUCUAAAAUAUUUUGGCAGGUGAAAUAAAUUUUAGCCUGUCUUAAUAAUGUCUAAUAUGUUUAAUAAUAUGUUAAAUAUAAUAAUAUGUCUUAUAAUAAUAUGUUUAAUAUAAUAAUAUGUUUAAUUUAAUAAUAUGUCUAAGAUGUUUAAUAAUAUGUUUAAUAAUAUGUCUCAUAUGAGUUAUACUGUAAAAAUCAAUGUUUUCAUGAUAUGCAAGUUUCUUCAAUUUUUAGGCUUGUUAUCAUAACCAUACUGUUGUAAUUGCAGCGUUUGGUGAGCUAGUUUUGCAAGAGAAGAAAGAAAUGCGCGAGAUGAAACAGCGAUUAAUGACGAUCGAAGAACAGUUGCAAAGAUUUCAAAAUGAAGACCACGACGAAGUGAGUUGAAAAAAAACUAACUUUAUUUCUGUUGAUCCAGUAUUACUACAGAAGGAAACCUAAACUAAACUAAACUAACUUUAUCUUUUCUGGAUAGCUCUAUCAGUUCUAAACUAUUCUCCCUAGAGGUCCAGUAAGGAUCAUCUCUUAUUGAUCCAGUGUUACUAUAUGCAGGAGGAAACCUAAACUAAACUAACUUUAUCUAUCAAGUGGAUAGCUCUAUCAGUUCUAAACUGUUUUCCCUAGAGGUCCAGUAAGAACCAUUUCUAAACUAACUUUAGUGACUCCAGUGUUACUAUACAGGAGGGGAUCAAACUAAACUAUUCUAUAAAGGUUUAUCAGUUUUAAGAUGUUCAUCCUAGAGUUCCAGUACGAGCAUUCCCUUGAUGAUCCAGUGUUGCGAAUAGUAUUAUUACGUAACAGUAUUACAAGUUUUUCAAAUAAUUCGUUCCUCCUCUGUUCAGGGUAUUCUGUCUGAGUCAUUACUACGACAAUUACUGGAUGAUAGUUCUCGUACAACCUCGCAAGCCACGACAAUACUAGACAGAUUGGCAUCAACCUCGCACAGUUGUGAUACGACGUCAAGUUUUGAUGAAAGUUCAGUAAUCUCAAGUAUCUCAUCGACGCCCACAAUGCGACAAUGA